CCUUAUCCCCAUCACAUAUUUUUUUCUCCAUUCAUGUCCUUGAAUUCUGCUUCCUAUAAUGUGUUGGAACAGGUAUAUGAUGUGACAAAGUUCUUGGAGGACCAUCCUGGAGGGGACGAGGUUUUGUUGUCAGCAACAGGGAAGGACGCUACCGAUGAUUUUGAGGAUGUUGGCCACAGUACCAGUGCAAGAGCGAUGCUGGAUGAAUACUAUGUUGGGGAGAUUGAUGCAUUGACCAUUCCCACCAAGACCAAAUACACUCCUCCCAAGCAGCCACACUACAACCAAGACAAGACCUCAGAGUUCAUUGUCAAGCUACUCCAGUUCCUGGUUCCCCUAGCCAUUUUGGGUUUGGCCAUUGCCAUCCGCUUCUACACCAAAUCGGCUUAAGCGCUAAGAGUGCAUCUCGAGACAGGGCAUAAGUUUGAGUGUGAUUAAAGCCCCCUCUAUUAGUUUUCUUUAUGUUUUAGACAUUGCAACUCAGGGGUUAGUAGUGCAGUCAACUUGCAUAUGGUGGUAACUCAUUUCUGGCUUGUAUAUCCCAUUGCAAAAAAGAAAAAUUUUCCUCUCCUUUGAUGCUUUUAUUGUAUGUUUCCUCAAGUUCCAGUUUUCCACCUUCCUCUAUAAUCUUCUGUCUGUCACAAAAUCAUAUAGGGUUGUUAUGUUAUUCCUCAGUUUAUCAGGCAUAGAGGUCCAAUUUGUUGUAUGACCAAAAAACAUUUUUAAGUGCUUGAAUGAAUGUGUCACUUUCCUUCAUU